AUGGACGCCGAGUACCCGGCCUUCGAGCCCCCGCUCUGCAGCGAGCUCAAGCACCUGUGCAAGCGGCUCCAGGAGGCGUACCGCGAGCUGAAGGAGGACCUCACCCCGUUCCGCGAUGACCGCUACUACAGGCUGGCGCCCAUGCGCCUGUACACGCUGUCCAAGCGCCACUUCGUCCUCGUGUUCGUCGUCUUCUUCGUGUGUUUCGGCCUGACUGUCUUCAUUGGGAUCAAAGGGCCCAAAGUGAUCCAAACGUCCGCAGCCAAUUUUUCACUAAAUAAUGGCAAAAAGCUAAAACCAAUUCACAUAGUCUCAAAUCCGCUGUCCACAUACAAUCAGCAGCUGUGGCUGACGUGUGUCGUGGAGUUGGAACAAUCAAAAGAAACUUCGAUCCAGACGAGUUUCCCCAUGACUGUCAAAGUGGACGGAGUUGCUCAGGAUGGAACGACCAUGUUCAUCCAUAACAAAGUGCACAACAGGACCCGGACCCUCACGUGCGCAGGGAAAUGUGCCGAGAUCAUCGUGGCUCACCUUGGCUACCUGAACUACACUCAGUACACAGUGAUUGUGGGGUUUGAACACCUGAAGCUGCCCAUCAAGGAGAUGAACUUUACAUGGAAGACGUAUAACCCUGCAUUUUCCCAGUGGGAGAUUUGGUUCCGGUUCAUCUUUGUGGUGCUCACCUUCAUCGUCACUUGCCUGUUUGCCCACUCCCUCCGCAAGUUCUCCAUGAGAGACUGGGGCAUCGAGCAGAAGUGGAUGUCCAUUCUUUUGCCUCUGCUGCUGCUUUACAACGAUCCCUUCUUCCCCCUCUCCUUCCUGGUGAACAGCUGGCUCCCGGGCAUGCUGGACGACCUCUUCCAGUCCGUGUUCCUGUGCGCCUUGCUGCUCUUCUGGCUCUGCGUGUACCAUGGCAUUCGGGUCCAGGGAGAAAGGAAGUGUUUGACCUUCUAUUUACCUAAAUUCUUCAUCGUUGGACUGUUGUGGUUGGCUUCCGUGACCCUAGGAAUAUGGCAGACAGUUAAUGAGUUACACGAUCCGAUGUACCAGUAUCGUGUCGACACAGGGAAUUUUCAGGGCAUGAAGGUCUUCUUCAUGGUGGUGGCGGCUGUGUACGUCCUGUACCUGCUGUUCUUGAUCGUGCGGGCCUGCUCCGAGCUCCGUCACAUGCCUUACGUAGAUCUCAGGUUAAAAUUUUUGACUGCGUUGACUUUCGUCGUGCUUGUCAUUAGCAUCGUCAUCCUUUAUUUGAGGUUCGGAGCGCAAGUGUUACAAGACAACUUUGUAGCUGAGCUAUCAGCUCACUAUCAGAAUUCAGCUGAAUUCUUGUCCUUCUACGGCUUGUUGAACUUUUACCUCUACACGCUGGCCUUCGUGUACUCUCCAUCAAAGAAUGCUGUGUACGAGUCCCAGCUGAAGGACAACCCUGCCUUCUCCAUGCUGAACGACUCGGACGACGACGUCAUCUACGGGAGUGACUAUGAAGAGAUGCCCCUGCAGAACGGCCAGGCCAUCCGGGCCCAGUACAAGGAGGGGUCGGACAGCGACUAGGGCUGCUGGGGAGCCCGGGUCUCCUGCAGCAACACUUCUGGGCCCUCCCGCUGCACCUGCCUCUAGUCAGGCUUGUUUUAUAAGCAGAGACUCUUGCUUGUUUACAUAUUUUUGAAAGGAAAAUCAAACCUGAGGACAAAUUUAAAAGUCAGGCCAAAUUCAUUCUUACUUUUAUUUGGGAAUACUUUUCAUUUGGAAAGAGAUGCCCUGAGGAGUUCAGCCAAAUCCAUUUCAAAGAUUUCAGGGAAGAGAGAGCUUGUUUUCAGUGGCAAGGAGGAAAUCACUUCUGGUUUUGGUAGAGGCAAUUAUAUAUAUAUAUUUUUAAGAACUUAACAAAUGUCAAAUUCAUGGAAAGCCCUGUCCGAAGGCCCUGGCAUGUCAGCAUUCCGCGCCUCUUAUCCUCUCUGCGCUGACCUGUGCUGCCCUCGUUCUGACCCCGCUCUGACCCUUUCACGGGAAGCCCGCUCUCGCUGGCCCUGACCUGGGCAGCCCUUCCCACGGAGCCUGGCGACCCCCCGCGCCGAAUAGGGAAGUGCCGACUCACAGCGGCUGCAGGGGGACAGGCUGCAGCCCUCUGUCCACCAAAGCAGAAGUGCUGUUGUGGCUGUGAGGCGGGUGUGGAGUUUCAUAAGGAAAGGGGAAGGUAGCCGACGAGUGCCGGCGCCAGGUACCAAGGGCCCGUGUGCACACGUGGCUGCGCGGGCCUGUGAGCCUCACAUAUGUGAGUGAAUGGAAGGCCCUGUGUUUGGGCUGGCGAAGAGGGCAGGCAUCCUCAAUUCCAAUAUAAAGUUUUUGCAAUGCUGUUGAAGAGAUGACACCCUGUAGAGCUUUAUAUUUUUUUAAAAUAGAAGCUAAAUAAAUGAUGGAAAUAUUAUAGAUUAUUGCCAGAAAGUUUUUCAAUUUCACAUUCAAAGUAGAGGAAAGAAAGUAGAACCUUGGAAAUGGGCUUAUGGAAGACCAUCUUCGUGGAGGGUAAGGUGGGGGCCGCCCAGGCCCUCCACGGCUCAAGGGGCUGAGUAAGCAGACCGUCCCUGUGGGAAGGGAAGCUGUCAGCAUGGCUGCAUCCGUGCACGAGACGCCCAGUCCCUUCAGUUGAAGACAAGGUCUAGAAGGUGCUGCAGCUCUCCCUUUGCUUUUUCUUCUACGGUCACGGUAAUGCCUCGUGAACUGUCAAUUCCUGACCACCACAGACGUCCUGACUGAUGUCCACUGGCAAAUGCAGGGGUUUAGAUAGGCUUCUUCUGCUCUGCGAACAGCACCUACAUCUCAUCUAUGCAUUAAUGCCGACUGUGUGAGCGCGGGCAAUUAUAGUCCCCUCAGGUCGUGCUGGGACGUCACAGAGGUUCGUGAGACUGUUCAUUGUGACUGGUAUCUCUUUUUAAUUUGAACUUUGAUGCUGUCUCUUUAAUAUGGAUUCCAUUUAUAUUUGUUUUUAAAAACCUUGUAAAUAUGAAUGUUUGAAUGAAAACAACUAUCAUUGCAAGGAUAAUUCAAGUUUACAUGGUUUUUACAUUUGCGAUGGUGUGAUCACUUUUUUGAUUUUGUGUACUCAGAGGUAUUGAGAAAAUCUUCUGUAAACAAAUUUUACGACUUCUAUUAAGAGUAACUAUAAAUAAUUUUAUGUAAAUUGAUGAAAACUUACUCCUGAUUAACGUACCCUAGUAUGUGAUAGUUUACAAGAUUUAAUCAUUAUAAAGUAAUUGUCCAUGAUUUGGAAUGCUGUUAUUUAUCAAUACAUGUAAAAUACUUGAGGCAUUAGCUGUGCACAUUGGAACUUAAACUUGUCUUUGUCUUGUAGUGUAAUUAUAAACCGGUGACUGAUACCUUCAUACGUUGUCUUCACGGCAUCCAGCCAGUGAACUGAAAAGUAUGAAGUUAGUUUUUGUAACUAAGUUGGAAACAAGAAAAAAAUUAUAGAAGUACUAAAGGGGGAAAAGGGUCCUUAUUAAAUUAUGCAUUUUCAACUUCUCUGGUCAUGUAUAUCAACAUGUUACAUAUUCCAUGUGAAAAUUUGCUUAAAGUACACAGCAUUUAGCAUGUAUUAUGUGUGCCAUAGGUAUUAGGUUAAAACACUGAAGUCUGAACAGUAGCAAGAAAGUUGUUUUUCUUCUUCAUUGGGUAUGUUUUGCAAAUUUAAAUGAUAAAUUCAAAGGGCUGACUUUAGUUCUCACAGUAAUGGCUUGAAUAACAUCAUCUUUGGGAUAAUUUUUUAAUACUGGUCCUGUCUAGGGGCACCUGGAAGACGACCAGAGGUAUUUAACAGUUUCCCUAGGGAGAGCUCCAUUAUCCAUGUGGAUAAUAGGUCCGCUUGAUUUAUUAUUAAAUCAUUACAGCAGUGAAGUAACGCAGCCUUCUCUCUCUCAAGCCCCGUUUGAAAGGCUGGAGGAGAGGUAUACAAUAUAUUCAAGGUUUGUAAGGUUACUGUAUAUAAUUACAGAUUGCAAUAAAAGUUUAGCUAUAUUAUGUAAACCCAACCCCUGAAUGAGCAGGUACCAGACAAAUGUCACCAGCCUCAAGUAUUUCACUGGUUCACUGGAGGUCAUUGUGUUAAACAGGUUACGAUGUGGUACUGGCUUCCGGAAUCCUGUCCACAGGGAAAACACAGCAGCUGAUUAACAGGGACAUCCAGUGAAGACUAGACAAACACUAAAGGAUGUAUUUUGAGUAAUAUAUAUUUUGAGGGUUUUAGAAACCAGUUGCCUUAGAGGUGAGAGACUUUUGAGGGGAAAAAAAAAAAGAAGAUAUAUUCCCCCCCCACCCCCUGUCCCCAGGCCAAAGGAAAGUUGAUUUAGUCUGUGAUGUCUUGUUACCUUGGUUUGACAUGUUUUAAAUAUACUACUGGUAACUAAAUCAUACUAUGAAACACAAAUGGAUUUUCUGCUACUGAAAACUGCCUUUUUACAAAAAGACUGUAAAUAUUUGUAAAACAAAACAACUAAUCUUGUAGGCUCAAGGAGAGCGCUCUGUAUUAGGUCGUGGGACUGUGCCCCCAAGCACAGGACCCGAUCACAGAAUGUCCCUGUAAUCCAAGUGAAUAAAUGUUUAUUUAUGGCAAACUCACACUUUGGGAAUUGCUUCAUUCUGAGACUACCUUUCUGGUAAAUGUUAAUACAUGUUUAAUGUUCACCCCUGGCACAUACAUCUUGCUUUGUGUGCUGUGCACCCGCCCUUCAUCUAGUCACUCGCACGCGUGCUUUAAUGCAAGGGCUCUGGGCGAGCAGGAGGCUUUCUCAGCAAACGGUGACCAAAGUGUCUUCACCAUGUCAGCAUGGCUGGUGGACAAGCACUGAAAAAUGAGGUCAGAAGAUCAAGUUUUGGGCUCCACCCUCCCCACUUUCUUGGAUGUGAUUUUAAAUUCAGAUAACGCCCACAUUUUAUGAUUAUAAAUAUCUAAUUGUGUGGACACAAUGAAUGAGUGGGAAAGCAUUCUGGAAGCUUGAAAAAGUAAGACAUGCUUUGUGAUUGCUACUGAAAAGCAAGCGCGUGGGAGAGUUGUACUGUUUGGGACUUGGGCCCAAGGUGAGAUCAGAGCACUCUGGCCAAGGGACAUUCAACCAUCUUGCCUACUUCCCACCCGGCGCUGCAGGGGAGGGACCAGAAGAUGAAGCUAUGUUGCCCAGAGGAAGAAAUGUAGCCAAGCACAGGAAGCUAUGGGAUCCCUGCCCUGAGGGAACCCAGCAAACCACUGUGUCAGAGAGGAGCACACUGCAGCUGUCUCUUCUACAAUUUUAUAGAUUCUGAAGCUACUAACUAUAAAGAAUUCAGCUGUGACAGUCUCUACAAAAAAGAACAAACUUUAAAUUGGAAUAAUUUAUUCUAACAAAAGUACAAAGUAUGGAAAAUUCGUGUAUUUGAAUCAUUUCAGAGAAUAGAGAAAGUUUCACACUAACAGAUUCCAGUUUUUAGCACCUUUGAAAAGAAAUAUUCAGAGUUAAGACCAGGGGUGAUGAUUUCUUUGAAAUGGGCGUGCAGGUCCUAGAACAGUGCUAUUUGGUUUCUUCUACACUUGGGGAGUGCCACCGAUAACAAAACCAAACCAAAAAACCCACACAAAACACAAAGAGAACAGAAAGGUGUUCACUCAAUUCACACGUGGGAGCAGAAGACGGAGAGACGCGCUGAGACAAAGGAUAAGGCCUGGGAGGUCAGAUGGAUAGUCCGAAGGCGCUGACGAUGCAGUACAUGGUCUUGUUUUCCCAUCGCACCGUGCAGCUCCCUGCGGGGGGAAGGGCAGGUUGGCACUGAAAACUCUGGGAAGCCAUGGACCCUUUAUUUUGAUUUCUCCUAAGGCCAAAACAUCCUGUGCUCGCCUCUGUGGCUUACAGAGAAGCACGGCCAAGCUCUACUAGGUUCUAGUAAGUGAGGCCAGUAAACAUGGACUUGGAGACAUGAAACACCUGCGCACACAACUUCACAGAAACACCAUUCCAAGUGAUCUAGAUUCCCGCAGAGUCCAAGAAUGUACUGGAAAACCCUUAAGGAAAUGCCCAUGACAAGCCUUCACAAAACAAAUGAAAACGUACCGUCAGUGGAGCUGUCCCAGAAGCAGGAACUGGCCGUGUGUAACCCAGCUCCAUUCUUCUGCAUAAUCACACAGGUCACUUCAAUUAAAACGAACAUUCAUUAGAGAAAUCUACGUGGCAACAUACAUCUUUUGGCCCACUUUCAGCACAUAGAUGUCACUGCGGGAGGAGGCAUGUGACAAAAUGCUCAGGGCAGGCUGCCUGGCUUGAGAGCAUGCACAGGUGCACCUCCCUGUCCUUUACCACACACCUGUCUUAAAAACAUCUGCUCUUCGUGCUGUGAAACCCUGAGGCGUGCCUGUCAGUGGUUCCAGCAGCUAAAUAGGCCUGAGGGCUGGUAAACGCCCAAAACCCUGCCGGGAACCAGGAAGUCAGGCCAGCUGUGCCCCGACCAAUAUUUAAGGAAUCACCGAGACAUUCGAGAUGCACAAACCCAUUACCAAUGUAUUUAAAUGGCUUCCCCAGCUUGGUAAGUUGGCUUAGAGUCUGCUCCACUACGUUUGUGGUCCACUGGUUCACUUUGCUGUGUUGAUAGGCAUUGCCUCCGAUCGCGCUUUCUAUGGCCUGGAAAACAGCAGGGAUCCCAUGAGCAGAACAAGCACCUUGGGUGUGUUUCCUCCCCAAAAAACCGCGAAAUACAACUAAAAUAUAACCCAGUGAGCUUAUCGGUAACCAUGAGGAAUCCUUUACAAAUUACCUUUUGUUUAACAUGCUUCGUUUAGCUA